GUUUGGGAAAGCGGCGACUUCAGCCUCUCCUGACCACGGUCCGGAGGGACUCGGGCAGCAGUUAUUCCCAUUUGCCUUGAGUAGAUUGGAGAACGCAUCUAUUUUUCCUAAUCCCCUCUGAGAAGAGCUUUGGACUGGGAGCUUGGAGGCCUGAGACCUGGGACUCUUUGCUUCUGACUUGCUGGGUGAUUUGGGCUCUCUGCCCUCAGCCCCUACCAUGGCCACAGCCAUAGCCCAGAAGCUCAGUCGCUUCUUUCCCAGUGUCCGGCAGCUGGGACAGAUGCCCAGGAUCCUGGGGGAGCUGGCAGCCCCCCUGCCAGACAGCACCGUGGGCCGAGCUGAGGUGCCUCGCCUCUUCUGGAAGCCAUACAUCUACUCAGGUUACCGGCCCCUGCAUCGUACCUGGCGUUUUUACUUCCUGAGCCUUUUCCAAAAGCACAAUGAAGCUGUCAACGUCUGGACCCACCUGGUGGCUGCCCUGGUGCUGCUUCUGCGCCUGGCAUAUUUUGCGGGCAGUGUGGACUUUGUGGGUGACCCCCAUGCCCGGCCCCUUUUCCUCAUUGUCCUUGCCUCUAUUACCUACCUGUUCUUUAGUGCUGUGGCCCAUCUCCUGCAGGCUAAGUCUGAGUUCUGGCAUUACAGUUUCUUCUUCUUGGACUACGUGGGUGUGGCCGUGUACCAGUUUGGCAGUGCCCUGGUCCAUUUCUACUAUGCCAUUGAGCCAGCAUGGCAUGCCCGCGUGGCAGCCAUCUUCCUGCCUGCCGCCGCCUUCCUCGCCUGGCUGUCUUGCGCUGGCUCCUGCUAUACCAAGUACCGCCAGCUGCCUGGGAUGCUGGGCCGCAUUUGCCAGGAGAUGCCCUCAGGAUUGGCCUAUGCCUUGGACAUCAGCCCGGUAGUGCACCGCAUCUAUGUGGCCCAGGUCCUGGGUCAAGAAGACCCGGCGGUGCUCUAUCACAAGUGCCAAGUGGCAUUCUUCCUCCUGGCAGCUGCCUUCUUCUCUGCCUGCUCCCCUGAGAGGUGGUUUCCUGGCAAGUGCCACACGUUUGGGCAGGGCCACCAGCUGUUUCAUGUUUUCCUGGUGCUGUGCACACUAGCCCAGCUUGAGGCCGUGGCCUUGGACUAUGAGGCCCGGCGGUCCAUCUACGAAGGGCUUCACCGCCAUGCCCUCCACAACUUCUCAGCCCUCUUUCUCCUUACUGUGGUCUGUAGUGUCCUAACUGCCCUCUUCCUUAGUCACCGAGUGAGGCAGGAGCUCAGAUGCAAAGAGGACUGAAGGGCAGUGGGAGAGUGCUAGGUGGAGGUGGAAGGGCCUGGGCCCAGGGCCCGGUGCCCAGCUCAGGAUGAGGAGAGCAAUCAGACUAUUUUAGAAGCCCCAGUAAAGUUGUUUGUGUCUGGUCCACUGUGAAUCAAAGUGCUCCCUCCCUCUCCUCCCCAAUACCCUUCUUUUCUUAACUCGAUAGGGAUGGGGGAGGACAAUGGAUCUAGAUUCUGAUAGGAAGAUGGGGUAUGGAGCUUGAGGAUGCUGGUGCCCGGAGGUUUAGUGUUGUCUUCAGCCUUGCUGAUUCUAGGCAGAUCCCUCUUCCUUUCUACCCUGACCUAUAUGAUUUCCUUGUCUGUCUCUGUCCAGUUGGAAAAAAAACCAAACAGAUUUAUAGGAGGGAUAUAUGUGGCCACCUGAAGGUAUGCUUGGGGUCUCCCCCUCUCUCCUUUUCUUUGAUGUUUCUUUGGGUGAGAUGGCUAAGGCAUGUGGACCCUCCUUGGGUUGGAGGCAAAACCCAGAGCUCCGAAGUUGACUAGAAGAUGAGGACAACGAGGUCACCAAGGAUGAAUUUGAAAGUGGGGGAAAAGGAGGUUCUAGGGUGUUCUCAAAGCUCAGCAACUCUCAGGGGUGGAGAUGGGGAAAGACAUUUUAGAAUUCUUUGGACUGGGGCCUUGGAGUCUUUGGGACAGGGUACUAAAUUUAACUUGGUGGGUAUUUUUUCAGCAGCAGAAAGUAUUGAAGAGUUUGUCAUGAACAGAAAAACCAGAAGUGGGUGGGUUGGAGGUGUACAUGAUAGCAGUACUGUCCUGCCUACCCUCGCAAUGGAACCGUAUGCCAUUUCUUUCUCAUGAAGAGCCUAUCCAAAGGUGUUUUCCCUUUUGGACUUCAGGCCAAAACUUUGAUGAUAAUUUGGGGACUGAUCUGGCUAGCUCAGCCCACCCCACUCCAGCUGCCAUGGGUCCCCCCUUUCCUGGCCCCUAGAGUUUACUGGUCUGUCUUUCAGAAGAUCUCUGCUCAGCCCUUGCCUCUCCCUGAGCUAGGGGGAGUGGCGGUGGGGAAACUGGGGUCCAGAGAUGAGGAUGGACUUGCCCAAAGGCACCCAGCAAUUGAGUGGUGUAACCAAGGUUAAAACUCAGGUUCUCUGACACCCUUUCCCCAUGCUAUAGCACUUUCCUUCCCCCCCUUCCCCCAGGGAGGGUCCCAGAUCUUUUCACUCAAGCUCUGAGUACUGAUCUGAGGGCUGCCCAGAGGGUCAGGGGAGACGCACUGCUCCUGCUGCUCUGAGUAGGAGAGGGUGGAGUGGGUUGUUGAAGACAUCCGGGCCUUCAUGCUUAAUCAAGCUGCCCUGACCACAACUUCCUGUCUUCUCUACCCUGGCCAUCAGCCCCACGGAGAAGUCCUGGAGGUUCGUGGGAGGAAGGAAGCCCAGGUCAGCCCUUUCCUGAGUUACUAUCGGCUGAGCAGCGUGGGACAGGGCUUCUCGUUUCGUGAUUUUCCGGGCCAGUGGUCUGGCCUGCAGUGGGCCUUAAUAAAUAUUAGCUGAUUCUGAA